CCCCCGGUAGAUUUAACACAGGAAAGAAGAAAAGUGGUGACGGGCAAAGCCGCGAUUAACCAGUGAAAAAGUCAUGUUGGCCGAGAAAUUUCACACUUUUGCGUCGAGCGGCGGACGCAGCAGACCCUCGGGAACGAUAGGAACGCCGCAAACCCGGAAUUGAAGGGCCAGGGCUGUGAUUACCCGGCCGGAAAGAAGCGACGUCGACGUCCUCCAUUUACACCCCUAACAUCCAAGAUGGGUCAAAUCACAGUUUUUUCUGCUCUCUUUUGCGCAUCACUUUUUAUUUCUUAUUCCUUGGCAGAGCCGUCCUUCAGUUUGGUUCCGCAGGAGCUCGAUGUCCUUGUUCAGGAAACGAAAAUCAUUAAACUCGUUGUCCAAGACUUGACGGUAAAUAAUGUUGUGGCGACACUUCAGGUGGUCCAUUCAGGACUUUUGGAGCUUAGCCCUGAUACAAUUCCUUUGACCCUGGGUUCGUCUGAGAUUGAGAUCGAAGUUUCCUCCAUCGAGGCUGGGUACACCACCAUAUUUCUAAAUGUCACACCCUCAGUCACAGAAGUGUUUGAUGUAUUUGUUCGAGUUACUUCAUUGCACUCCUUUGAGUUAUAUCACUUCAGUGAAGUCAUCGGAUGGAUGUACUUUGUGGCCUGGUCCGUGUCUUUCUAUCCUCAGAUUUAUGAAAACUGGAAGAGAAAAAGUGUUGUUGGUCUCAACUUUGACUUCCUUUCUCUCAACAUCAUUGGCUUUACUUUGUACUCUCUUUUCAAUUGUGGACUUUUUUGGAUUCCAGCCAUCCAGCAAGAAUAUUUUGAGGACCACCCUCGAGGUAUGAUCCCUGUUUUGGCUCAAGACAUCUUUUUUGGACUACAUGCGAUGUUUGCAACCAUUAUCACCAUAAUCCAAUGCUUUAUAUAUGAGAGAGGCGAGCAAAGGGUUUCGUGGACCGCCCGUGGUAUUAUGUGCAUUUUCGCUCUUUUCCUUGGCAUCAGCGCCAUUAUUGCCGGAGCAUCCGACUUACUAACAUGGCUGGAUUUCCUUUACUUCUGCUCUUAUGUGAAACUGACUAUUACCCUGAUCAAAUACAUUCCUCAGGCUUACAUGAAUUACAAGAGAAAAAGCACAGUCGGCUGGAGCAUCGGAAACAUUUUCCUCGACUUUACCGGAGGAGCUCUCAGCAUGUUGCAAAUGAUACUAAAUUCUCACAACUACAACGAUUGGCAAUCGAUCUUUGGAGAUCCAACCAAAUUUGGACUUGGACUGUUCUCAGUGGUCUUUGAUAUCUUCUUCAUCUUCCAGCAUUACGUUCUUUACAGGCACUCUUACGAGCGAAUCGAGGGCGCCAAUUCAGCAGCCUCGCAGCCAAUCUAUUCCUGAUUGAUGCACGCGCACAUCUCCUAAACAAGAGGAACGCCGUAUAUUUAAUCCUACUAUUGUGAUUUGUGUGCAAAAGUGAGACUAUCAAGCUGUGAACUUUGAAUAUCAGAAGAUGAGUGCAAAACUUUUUAAGUUUGAACUCUUUGAUAGGUUGGACUUAAGCGAUUGAUAUUAUAGUUUGAAUUUACUUUAGAUUCUAUUGCUAUACAACUUAAUUCUAUUAGUGAAGAGAUAGAAUUAUAUUUUUAGUUUUUAAGACUAUUAGUCAGUUAUAUGUAUCAGAUCUCCGUCAUAUCCAAUUGAUUUAUUAAAAUUUUCUGCACUUACUAGUUUUAGAAAUAAACGGACCGUCUAUAAUAUUAUUAUAAUAAUAUA